AGGUUUGUCUACAAGUUAACGACACAAGUCAUGUAUCCAUUUGUCACUGUUUGUUGUCUCAGGUCCGAGACAGCAUCCAUGAUGCCGGGUUCAUGUGUGAGGCAGACUGUGACCCCGGAGACACCAUGAACAAAAAGAUCCGCAACGCUCAACUGGCUCAGUACAACUUCAUCAUGGUUGUAGGCAAGAAGGAAGUGGAAAGCGGGACGGUGAACGUACGCACUCGUGACAACAAGGUCCACGGGGAACGGUCCGUGGAAGACGUUAUCCUCCGCUUCCGCAAGCUGCAAAAUGAGCGUGUGAAGAACAGCGAAGAGACAUUCGAAGACAAUUAAGACAGUAUAACUAACACUUGUAUAGGACAGAUAAGAAUUAAAGUCCUGUUUCUUCAAUUAUGAAUAAAUCAGCCCUGCAAAUUAUUCAUAUUUUAUUGUCUGCAUAGUCCAUAAUGAGAGCUAAACUUAAUACUAGUACAUGUAUGUGUAACAACUGUUAUGUGAUUAGAAAAACUUGAAGUAAACUUAAAAGUCUUUAGUAUGAUAGAGCCUGCUGGCCCCGGAAGACAUAUUGACAUUAGGUAGUAUUGAUAAUGUAUCAAUAGUCAAUGCAAGAUGUUACUGUGCCUGAUGAAUUGUUCCAAAUGUCAAAGAUAGUGAAUGCUUUUACAAGGGUUAAAGGGAGAUAUUAUGAGUAUGCAGUCAUGUCAUCAUUGAAAAUUGAUUAUAAAGUGUUAAAAAAAGUUAUUCUACAUGGAGAUGAAAAUGGUAACCAAUGUGUAAAGCUUGCAUUGAGGCUAGACAAAAUACUUCACAAUAUCUGCAGUAUAAAAUAUCUCAAAAUAAAUUGCACUUUGGACUCACAUGUACCAACUGUUAACUGUACUUGAGCAUGAUUAGGGACACAUGUUACAUCCCAUGUAGUUAAGACCAGCCUCUAGCUUCCUUCUCAAAAUGUACUGAUAAAUCACUACAAUAAAACAUGGUGAAUACUGCA